AACUCCGAGUCGACUGUGGAAGUGCUAUUGGAUUCUAAACGUUUGGAUUUACGUGCCCAGCACCAAAUUUAAAUACCUUCAACGGCUGUUAGCAUUGCCGUCUACAGCUGAGUGAGGGUUCGGCAUUACAUGCAUGCAUCACGACACAGUCGUAGCUUAGACCGUUACGCCGUUGAUCGAAGGCAUUUGAUCGAAGGCAUUCCACAAGUCAGUUGAAUUGCGAAUGUCAAGAAGCCAAUUCAUUACUUGCCGCGCGGCCAACGUUAUCUUACCUGUUAUGUCCACAAUGCAGUUUACACAUAUAUCUUGUGAGAGUUCUUGAGCGCUUUGCUGCCAAACGCUCACUUCAACCCACCGCUGCACUUAGCACCAUGCGCAGAAAUCGUAAUUCCCACUGGCAUCGCGCUUCAAAGCCUUCGAACAAUCCGCCGCAGGCCUCCAUCUCUGGGCCCUCUGUUCCCCACUCCCAGAUCCCUCCCGAUCCGUCGCCGCCGCUAUCUUCACUCAUUACCGAAAUGAGAAUUGACGGUCCGCGUGCGAUGCCCCCAACACACUACAUCCAGAACAACAGCACAAGCGUCCGCACGCAUCAAGAACCUGCAGAUAUCGGAACAUCAGUCCCUGUGGGAUCCGCAUCUCGUAGCUCUAGUGAUCUAAAGAAAACAAUCGUCACCAGCACCAAACUCCUGCUCCAAGCCGCAGCCACUGCUCUCAAGUUCACCCCAUCAAAAAUCUUGACCAGAUCCCCAACACGCUUCUUGCUUGUAUCAGUAUCUAUGAAGUCAGCAAACCGUCUUGAUGAUCUUGGUUGUGAUCGCCUCACGCCUGAUAUAGUCUUAGUGUGUUCGCUAAUGAUCUGCGUUAAUCCCCCAGGAACACAAAGAUGCGCCACUGGCAAGUAUCCUAUCAUUCGUAUUCUAACCCAUGGCGUAAAAUUGGAUCCCAGUGGCAGCUACAUUCUUACCACACGACGCCAAUGGUCGCCAUUUCUCAGUAUUAUUCUUUCGCCCAGCGGCCCGACCUGAUUAUCAAGCGUCUUCCUGUUGCAGGAGCGUGUUCUUAUUGGUGUUGUCUUGUCGUUCCAAUUCAUCUCACACCAUUGCCACACCUGUUUGGAAGCUCAGCCG